AUGCUCCAGGUGAUGCGACCUCAUCGAAGUGCAGUCACUAGAUUAGCAAUUGAUGAGCCAGGGAAUUAUGUGAUGAGUUGUGCCAACGAUGGACGGGUAGUCAUUUCUGGAAUCGGAUGUAACAAUCUCAACCAUACAGUAUUUCGUGGAGGAGAACAAGAUGGCUUCAUAACUCAGUGCUCUUGGCGACAAUCUCUUAUAGCGUUUACGUGUGAUAAAGGAACAAGAAUUUUCGAUAGCAGCUUUUCAAUAUAUUUUCAGUCGACAGACGGCGAGGAGUCCUCUGUUUCUCAAAAUGGUCCAUCCCCUGUGGUUCAGCUCUGUUUGCUAGCUCCAGAGACAUAUUCGACGUAUCGCCUCUUGGCGGAAGACCGUCUCAGUUUUUCAUCGAAGACGUACUCUCAUCCUUGCCAAUUUUCAAUGGCUGGAGUGCCGACAUUUGAGUCGUAUUUCCUCAUUAGUUCCUCAGAUUUGGUUAUGGCCACUCCAUACUGUGCAGAGGAUACUUUGAAGUGGAGAAUUGAAAACGAUUUUCUCGAAGAGGCUUGGGAAUUUGCUCGAGAGAGAAAUGCAGAGCUCGAAGAAAGCAAAUGGGAUAGUCGCACUGUGGGCCGCGUGAUGAUUGAGCAUCUUCUUUCGUCUGGAAAGCCUCGCCUCGCUGCUGCAAGAGUCACCGAGAGAUCCUAUUUUUGUAUACGAAAUCUCAUUAUAAAUGGAAUCUUUAAAAAUUUCAGUUCAUUCCAACAUCAAGCCCACAACUGGAGUCAAAGUGUUAUGAAACGGUACUUCAAGCUGCACUAUACAAUGACAUCGAUCUUUUUAAACGUUUGGUCCAGCAAUGGCCUCCUACGCUGUACAGAACAGAAUGAAGGAGGAAUGUAUAUUUAUUCCACAAGAGCAUUGGUAUUGCAUUAUGUAUGUCCUUUAUUGAACUGUGAUGUUCAAGGAUGGCUGAUUGGCUUAACACUGCGACGAAUUCAAGAAGUACUCUCGUCUUCAGACCAAUCGGAUGCCCUUUCGCCAAAGGAAGAAGUGCGGCUGUAUCACGCUUUAGCACAUCUUUAUGUCCAUGAGAGGAAAUUUGAUUCCGCAAUCAAGAUUUAUACUAAUCUCAGGGAUCAGCAAGUGUUUGCAGUGAUCGACAAAUAUCAGCUAUUCGAGCAUGUGAAGGAGCAAAUAUCCGAGCUGAUGCUGAUAAACUCCGAUCGAACGUUGCGACUAUUACUGGACAACGAAGACAGCGUGCCGGCCGCUCUAGUGAUGACAACUAUGGCUCGACAAGCCCAAAGUGCAGCGAUGGUUUCUCACAGUGAAAUAGCAAGAGGUGCCGCUUCCCGUGCUAUGAUGGCGCCGCAUACCCAUUCUUGGCAGUUUAUACUUCAAGACAUAAAGUAUUCACCCAGAUGUUCAAUUUUUCAGAUGGCGUAUUUGACGAAACUUCUCAGCAAAAAUGAAGGAGCCGAGUUCGCAGAUCAAGCUGUCCGAUUAUACGCGGAGUAUGACAGAAAGAAACUGAUGCCAUUCCUACGGAAGAACGAAAACUAUCAAAUAAAUAGGGCUCUAGAAGUGUGCAGACAAAAGAAUUUCGUGCGGCGGGGAAAAAAAAAGAGUCGCGGCAAGAAAGGAUAUCUACUGCAGCCCCGCCCAUCGAUGAUUCUUCUUCUUGGAAAAAGUGGGAACCAUGUAGAUGCAUUGGACUUAAUGGUCAGGAAGUACAACCAGUUGGACAAAGCUGUUGAGUACUGUCAGGUAAGCGUCAAUGGUACUAUUUCUGCAGAACACGAUGAUCCGGAUUUGUGGACGCGCUUGAUUGAGGAGAUCCCGCCAACAAUGUCAGUACCAGGGCUGAGGAAUGCUCUCGUCAGCGUACUUCGUAACUACGAAGCUCAUGUGGAGCUGCAACAAGGUUGUCACGAGUCGACUCGUGGCGACGUCCGAGAACUUUUGAUGGCCUACUUAAAGACACAAGCCUUGGCUAUCCCCGUUGGUGCACGAUGCUCGACGUGCAGUUGCAUUCCUUUGUCAACGCCAGAUAAGGGAGGAACCGACCAACGGAUGUUGAACUGUGGUCAUCUCCCACACGCUGUGCUGCCUUGA